ACCACCACUCUGGACCAGGUGCAAGCACUCCUUGACCAAGGCAAAAUGAGUGCUGCUGACUACCAGAAGAGGUGUCCUUUUUGGUGCAAAGUAGACCUAUCAGGCACUCUGGCAGUGUUUGCUUGUGGAGCUGUCAGAGCCAGUGGUUUUGAGCUGGCAGAAGCAGCAGGAGCAGAUGACCAAGGUAAGACUGCCACACCUGAUGCUACAUCUAUCCCACUGACUGCUGAGCAGGACAUCUAUGCCAUGUUCCUCAACCAACAUGGGUAUGACCUGAACCCUGAGAAUGACCUUGAAGGAACUGAAACCCUUGAUGAACAACCACUCAACCAGGCUGCACCACCCAAGACACAAAGCAGAGCAAGGAGAAUUCAACCUGAAAAUUUUGUGAUGGAACUGCCUCAUCCAAAGGUCAAACUGCCCAUGAGCAGCCAGGAACCUGAGCCUAGGAAUGACAGCAGCAGUACUGAAAGUGAUCUAUCAUCUGUACCUACUGAUUUUGAAUAAGAUGUACAACCCUAAGAGAAAUGAACCAAAAUCCUUUCAGCACCUGACACCUUGUCUUUCCUGAAAAAAAAGUAAACAACAUGAUUACUAAUAAUAUAAUUUGCUCUUAAACAAACAUUUGACAUAGAUUGGCUUGAUAGCUAUCUUGCUCU